CGGCCGUGGCAGCAAAAUAUGUACUUUAAAAAAUGAGGCGAUACCUUAGAGUCGCCUGUUUGUGUGACAGUGGUGUGGGGUUUUUAAGUGUGUGUUUUCUUCGUGUUGGUCUGCCUUUAAGAUUUAAUCAGCUUUCAGUUUUUCAUCGGACCACAUGGCCGGAAAUCUGAAAAAUGUCUUCUGGCUCAAACGACAGCGUCGCCCGUUUAAACCAGUUCAAAAAUAAGGGAAAAGAUGCAAACGAAUUAAGGAGAAGGAGAAUAGAGGUCAAUGUUGAACUACGAAAAGCCAAGAAAGACGAGCAGAUUUUAAAACGGAGAAAUGUCAGCUGCUUCCCUGAUGGUCCCUCUUCACCUCUUCAGGAUCAGAAUCAGAAUGCUCAGUCCUCUCAGCACUGGAGCGUGGAGGAGAUUGUGAGCGGUGUAAAUAGCCAAAGCCUGGAUCAUCAGCUGCAGGCCACGCAGGCGGCAAGAAAGUUGCUGUCCAGAGAAAAGCACCCCCCUAUCGACUCGAUUGUGGACGCUGGUCUGAUCUCCAAGCUUGUGAGCUUCCUGGCGUUGUCCGAAUGUCCACCAAUCCAGUUCGAGGCUGCUUGGGCCCUGACCAACAUUGCCUCGGGAACCUCUGAACAGACCAGAGCUGUGGUAGAGGCAGGAGCUAUCCCAGCCUUCGUCAGCCUCGUCGCCUCUCCUCAUCCUCAUGUCAGCGAACAAGCCAUCUGGGCGCUUGGGAAUAUCGCAGGUGAUGGCUCCACAUACAGGGACAAAGUCAUCAAACAUGGAGCCAUUGACCCGCUGCUCGUACUGCUGUCUGUUCCGGACCUGUCCAUGUAUGCUCCCACCUACCUGAGGAACGUCACCUGGACGCUGUCUAAUCUUUGCCGGAAUAAAAACCCUGCCCCUCCUCUGCCCGCGGUGCAGCAGAUGCUGCCGGCACUGUUGGUGCUCCUUCACCAUGAAGACCCCGAGGUGCUGGCGGACACCUGCUGGGCCGUUUCGUAUCUGACUGACGGUCCUAACGAGCGCAUCGAGGUGGUGGUUCAGGCCAACCUCGUGCCACGGCUGGUGCAGCUGCUCGCCUGCGGAGACAUCACCAUCGUGACUCCAGCUCUGCGGGCUGUAGGGAACAUUGUAACAGGUACAGAUGAACAGACGCAGAAGGUUCUGAAUGCUGGGGCGCUGGCUUUGUUUCCCACGCUGCUGCGCCACCCCAAAAACAACAUCCAGAAGGAGGCGGCGUGGACGCUGUCCAACAUCACGGCCGGAAGGGACUCGCAGAUCCAGGAGGUGAUCGGAGCAGGUCUGGUGCCCCUGCUGGUGGAGGUCCUGCAGCAGGGAGAAUAUAAGACCCAGAAGGAGGCUGUCUGGGCCAUCACCAACUACACCAGUGGAGGGACGGUCCAGCAGGUGGCGUACCUGGUUCAGUGCGGUGUCCUGCCCCCUCUGCUCAACCUGCUCUCAGUCAAGGACAGCAAGACCAUCUUAGUAAUCUUGGAUGCAGUCUUGAAUAUUUUCAUGGCGGCGGAUAAGAUGGGUGAGACAGAGAAGCUUUGUCUGAUGGUGGAGGAGUGCGGAGGGCUGGACAGGAUCGAGGCACUGCAAACCCAUGAGAAUGAAAUGAUCUACAAAGCUGCCCUCAACCUGAUAGAGAAAUACUUCUCAGGAGAGGAAGAAGAGGAUGAAUCUAUAGCUCCUGAAGAAACCACUGAUGGCUAUGCCUUCCAGAUUCCAGAGAACCAAAGCACUUUUAAUUUCUGAGACACUCCUCCACUACCCCACUCCUUCCAUUCUGCUCAUUUUAUUAAUAGUAUUACUUUUUAUAUGGAUUUUUAAAAGAUUUCAGCUAUGUACAUAAAUACUCAGGCUCUUUUUUGCAGUUUUACUCUGAAUUUUGUAAAUAAACAGUUGAAUAUGAAAGAUA